AUAGUCAUAUAUAAAUAUAUAUUAUUUCAGAUUGUACCUAGAGUACCAAGCUUUGCACAACUAUUUUCAAUACAUGUGCGAUACAUGGAUAAGGGUAUUGCAGUAGUAUUUAUUUUGUGUGAAGCCAGAACACAAUUAGUUUAUAAAUCCAUAUGGAAAGAAAUUAUAAAAUUGGCGCCUAAUCUACAAUGUAAUUUGCGUUUCAUAAUGAUGGAUUAUGAAAAAGCAUCGAUGAACGCUGUCCAUGAACAGUUUCCUCAUGCAUCUCUACGAGGCUGUUGGUUUCAUUACUGUCAAGCUGUUCUUAAAAAGUGGAAACGAUUAGGACUUUUGAAAGCACCAUAUAAAAUAGUAUCCAUGGCAAUGACAUUAGCAUUAACACCAUCAGAAAUGUUUGCAGAAGGUUUAAACCUCAUGCAGACAAUUGUUGAUGAAGAAUCUGAAAAUUAUCCUAACGUAUUGGUCUUUUUGAGAUAUAUGAGAAACACAUGGCUUCCAAUAUCAAAAAAUAUAAGUGUAUAUGGAUGCCCAAUUAGGACUAACAAUCUUGUGGAAUCAUUUCAUAGUAUUAUGUUGAAAAAAAUGCAUACGGUUCAUCCAAAUUUUUGGACAUUCUUAGAUAAUAUUUCCAAAUUAAUUAUGGAUCAGGAAAUUAAUUAUAACCGUUUAAUAAAUGGCCUACAAUUAUCAAGGGAUCGUAAUCCGUUUAACGAGUCUAAAAAUAAAAAAAUUGAAAAAGCACAAUAUUAUUUAUCCAGUGGUAUCUAUUCAUUGAAAGAAUUUUUGCAGUUAUUUAGUAAGGAAAAUUUACGUAAGCAACAAAGAAUAGCAUUAUUGAUAGAUGAUGAUAAUGAAAUGGAGAUUUGUGCUGACUUAUAUAAAGAAGGUGAUGUCGAUGCAGAUACUAAAAAGGAAUAUCAAAAAUGCCAAGUCGUUAUUCAGAAGCUAAACGUACAAACCAAGACAAAACGCCAACAGAAACGAAAACCGUUAUUUACUAUUAAUUCUAAUAACACAAAUAUUCCAGCCAAAUCGAUUAAAUAUCAAUAACAAUUAUAAAAAAAACACGAAAAUUAAAAAGAAACAAGAAAAAGAAAGUAUCUAAAAGAAAAUAUCAAAACAACAAAAGCCAAAAGCUUCCCAAUAUAAAGUUGUAUUAUUGUUAUAAAACCUGUUCUUUAAGCUAAAAGAUUUAAUUAUUUGAUAAAACAUUUAACGUGAUAGAUUUGUUUAAGAAAAGUAUUAAUUAGAUAGAUUUCAAUUUUAUAAGUUCUUCGUUAGCUUUUUUUUAUUACUACACGUUGUUUUGUUUCAUAUUGCGUAGUAAUGUGUAAUGUAGUACACACACUAGUUCUAAUCAUACUGCAAUAUAAAGUGAAAAAUUAGUUGCAAAAUAAUUGUUAAGUAUGUUGGUUCAAUACUUUAUAACAUAUUCAAAGUACAACAGUAUUUUUCACGCUUUUUAAGAGGAAUAUUAAUUUGCUGGAUGUUAUUGUUUUAAGUUUAAUUAGUUUUUCAACAGUUUUUAUUAAAACACGUUGCGAUUUGUUUUAUAUUGCGUUGUAAUUUGAUAUGUGAUAAUAAUUAUAUUACAAUAUAAGGUGCAAAAUUAGUUAUUACAUACGUUGGUUUAAAUAUUUCAUAACAUAUUGUACAACAGUAUAUUGCGUUGCAAUAAUUAGUAAUGUGAUACAUAAUAGUCGUAAUCGUUACGAAGCUCGCAGUGACAAAUUGAUGUGUUGUAACUUUAAUAAAAAGAAUAUGUACCAUCUUCUAAGCAAGCAUAUUUCUAGUGUUUACUUAGUGUUUGUAUGUUACAUUUAAAUAAUUAAAAAUUAUACUAUUUCUUGCA